UACCUGCUCCCGCCAAUCGCUUCUUUUCAUUUCUCUCUCUCUCUCUCUCUCUCUCUCUCUCUCUCUCUCUUAAUUUUUCAACAUUUAUUUUUGUUUUUUAGUUUUCUGUAUUAGAUUCUGAUUAGUUGCAGAGUUGCAGUGAAAGAAUGAGAAGUUGGAUAAUCUAUAAACCCUGACGAGCUGUGAUUCUAAGACCUCCAAUGGCGAAUUCUUCGUUCUUUUUUUUUGUUUCGAGUACUCAAUCGAAGUGCAGGAAUGGAAUCCUCUCCGGCUUCUACGUAGCACGUUCAUUCUUUUAAUUGCUCUGUCCCCGCUCUUCUCUCUGUUUGCACAUGGAAGACAGUAGAUAUCUCUGUGGAAAUUUAUUGUUUACUUUGAUUCUCAACGCUUCCGUAAUGAUUGUUCAUCAAGCAAGAGCCAAGUAGAUAAGUAUAUGUAUAUUUUGGCUGCAGCUCUGAAUUCUUGAGAAUCGAGUCUGGUUUUCCUACUUUCAUUGUGAGAGAGGUCUCUGUUCUGUCUCUGAGAAUUGAAGAACAGAGGCUUCUCGCUUCUCGCUUCUGGUUGGUGAGAUUUGGAGAAGAAACUAAACAGUUUCAGGUUCCAUGGCUGUUCUUCCGAAAUAAUCGGUUCCGCUUUUCAGAGGGGAAGAACAAGGCUCCACUCUUCUGGCGAAAUUUGACUGAAGCAGUCUCUUUUCUGAACGAAACGGCUGAUUUAAAGUCUGAGAGUACUAUCAUUAAUUGAGGAAACGGCUCGAUUUUUAAAGAUAAAAGUCUAAAGAUCGAUUUUUUCUGCAUUUCUACUUCUUCGUUCGAAAGCACAUACUUGUCCGAGGAAAAGCGCUCGAUUUUUUGCAGUUUUUUGAAGAAGCAGCUCGUUAUUUUACAAUUCGAUGGAGAGAAUUGAUGCUCUGUUCAUUUUCUCUGCUAUUUUGUGGUUUGGGUUGCUUGUCUCUCCAGGAAAAGCCGAUCCGGUGGGGGAUAAACAAGCUUUGCUCACUUUCGUCAACAAUAUCCCUCACUAUCACUCUCUCAACUGGAAUGCGAAGUCACCUGUUUGCGGCAACUGGACCGGAGUGUUCUGCAGUGCUGAUAAAACUCGAGUUAUAGGUCUUCGAUUGCCCGGAGUUGGAUUUCAAGGUCAGAUUCCGGCCAACAGUCUCAGUCGCCUUACCGCACUUCAAAUAUUAAGCCUAAGAUCCAACUCUCUGUCUGGCCCUUUUCCUCCUGAUUUCUCCAACCUCGGAAGCCUAUCCGAACUCUAUCUUCAGUUCAACCAAUUCUCGGGCCCGUUGCCCUCAGAUUUCUCAGCUUGGAAAAAUCUCACCACCGUCGACCUCUCAAACAACGCAUUCAACGGCAGUAUUUCUUCUUCCAUUUCAAAUUUGACUCAGUUAACGUAUCUAAACCUUGCUAAUAACUCCCUUUCUGGUAAAAUCCCAGAUCUCAAUCUCUCCAGUCUGCAACAAUUAGACCUAGCGUACAAUAAUUUGACUGGAAAUGUACCAAAGUCACUUCAGAGAUUUCCCCGUUCAGAUUUCCUUGGUAACAAUGUUACUUUCACAAAUUCUCCUUCAGCUAUUCCAGUUGGCCCACCUGCUUCUCAACCGUCUCCAUCUCAAUCAUCUCCAUCUCCAUCUCAAUCGUCUUCAAGUGGUUUUACGCUCAGUGAAUCAGCGUUACUGGGUAUUAUAAUAGGCGCCUGCGUUCUGGGGUUUGUGAUUUUUGCUUUAAUACUGAUUGCUUGCUUCUCUCAAAAGAACGGCGGUGGUCGUGGUGCUAGUGGCGGUGGUGGUGGUGCUGCUGCUGCUCCUGCGAAGGGGCUGAAAACCGAAAGGUCACUGGAAAAAACAAUUACAGGAGGCCAAGACGAUGAUAACAGGUUGGUUUUCUUUGGGGGUCGUAAUCAUGCAUUUGACCUGGAGGAUUUGUUGAGGGCUUCCGCUGAGGUUCUUGGGAAGGGGACGUUUGGAACAGCAUAUAAGGCGAUUCUGGAGGAUGUAACCACAGUGGUGGUGAAAAGGUUGAGGGAGGUUACUGUGGGGAAGCGGGAAUUUGAGCAGCAGAUGGACUUGGUUGGGAGUAUCAAACAAGAGAAUGUGGUUGAGCUUAGGGCAUAUUACUAUUCCAAGGAAGAGAAGCUCAUGGUGUAUGACCACUACAAUCAAGGGAGUGUCUCUGCAUUGUUACACGGGAAAAGAGGGGAGGACCGGAUUCCUUUAGACUGGGAAACUCGAAGAAGAAUUGCAGUUGGUGCUGCAAGAGGCAUUGCUCACAUUCAUACUGAAAAUGAUGGGAAACUUGUCCAUGGGAACAUAAAGUCCUCCAAUAUCUUUCUUAACUCCCGAAAGUAUGGUUGUGUAUCUGAUCUUGGCCUUACAACACUGAUGAGCCCAGUGGCAGCUCCUAUCUCUCGUGCUGCAGGUUACCGAGCCCCAGAAGUGGUAGACAGCCGAAAAGCAACCCAGCUUUCUGAUGUCUAUAGCUUUGGUGUGGUUUUGCUUGAGCUUCUGACUGGGAAAUCUCCUGUCCAUGCCACUGGAGCUGAUGAGGCUGUCCACUUAGUGCGAUGGGUCCAUUCUGUAGUCCGAGAGGAGUGGACUGCAGAAGUGUUUGAUGUUGAACUGAUGAAAUAUCCUAACAUCGAGGAAGAAAUGGUGGAAAUGCUACAGGUAGGAAUGGCAUGUGUGGCAAGGAUGCCAGAGAAAAGGCCAAAGAUGCCUGAGGUAGUUAAAAUGGUGGAGGAUAUUCGACGGGUUGACAACAAAAACCGUCCAGUUCCUGAAAUAAAAUCAGAAACUUCAACCCCAACACCAACACCAACGCCAACACCACCAACACCAUCCGUUAUUGAGAUGGCAUCAUCUUCUGGAACACAGUGAGGCUAUUUUCUUUGACAGUCUCUUACCUUUCCCUCCCUUGCUCCCUCUUUUAAAUUUCUUGUAUCCUGUUAUGUGCUCUUAUUUCAAUUAUUCUUAGCCAAAUGUGUCAGCUGUUUAUUGUUUUCUUUUACAUGAUAAGAUCAUUUAUAUGAACUCAACUCAUUUUGGCCUUC